AACAUCCCCAAGGGCCACUCACCAUCACUACCUUUCCUCUUCCCUAGAAACCCCCAAAGCCAAACUAAACUACCUUCCUUACCUUUUCCCACUCCAACCAUGUCGAAUGAAUCCCGAACUAUGUCCCAUGAAGAGCUCAUUGCCUCAAAUACAGCCUUGAAAGCACAAGUGGAGUACUUGGCUAAAGAGGUAGCCAAGCUUACGAAGAUGAAACUCAACGAGCUCCAGGGAAGUGACCGUGAAGAAGACGUUAGUUCUAGUGGAACCAUGAAGCCUAAAGCCACUGAAGGUUCUGACUUCAAAGUUGAUAUUCCAACUUUUGAAGGGAAGAACGACCCGGACGAGUUCCUCGAGUGGCUAGAAACAGUGGAACGCGUCUUUGACUUCAAAGAUGUUUCUGAUGAAAAGAAGGAGUACGAGAUGUUCGGAAUGAAGGAAGGCGAGAAGAUUGAUGAUAUGUUCAAACGGUUCUCGAAGAUCAUCAAUGACCUUCAUGCACUCAAGAAGACUUACGCCAACAAGGAUCUAAAGAAAGGAAUAGCGCUAAAAGCAACCAAAGAGACGGUGGAAGAAGUCUCAAGCGAUGAUGACAACGAGUUCGGACUCGUCAUCAAGAAAUUCCACAAAUUCAUGAAGAAGGAAUUUGAGCGCAAAGGAAGAAAGCACGACGGUCCCCCGAAGUGCUAUGGGUGUGGCGAGAUAGGCCACAUCAAGCCGAGAUGUCCAAGAGGCAAAAACGGCAAGGACAAACCCGGCUUCAAAAAGAAAAGGGCAUAUAUCUCGUGGGGUGGCGACUCCGGUUACGAGUCAACCGACCAAGAAGAGGAUGAAGCCGCCAACCUCUGUCUCAUGGCACACGAAGACCAAACUGACGAUAUACAAGAGGAAGGAUUAGGUUUUGAUAAAAACGAAUCUACGGAUAAAAAUGUUGAGCAAACACCUAGACAACCUCUUAAGGCUCAACGGAUAGGAGAAGGUCAAUCAACUUCUAGGCCACCACUCUUCAAUGGCACCAACUACACAUAUUGGAAAGAGCGGAUGAGAAUUUAUAUCCGCUCAACCAACUUCCAGUUGUGGUUGGUCAUCAAGAACGGCGAAGAAAUGCCAAUGAAGAAUGUUGGGGAGAAACUCGUCCCAAAGACCGAGGACGAAUUUGAUGCCGAAGACAUCAAAAAGGUGGAGAACUACGCUAAGGUAAUCAAUAUGCUUUACUGCGCGGUCAACCCCGAUGAUUAUCGCAAGAUCUCUUGCUGCACAACCACCAAAGAAAUGUGGGACAAGCUGGAGGUCACAUACGAAGGUACAGACCAAGUUCGGGAAGCCAAAAUUGACUUCCUCACGCAGGAGUACGAGAUGUUCGGAAUGAAGGAAGGCGAGAAGAUUGAUGAUAUGUUCAAACGGUUCUCGAAGAUCAUCAAUGACCUUCAUGCACUCAAGAAGACUUACGCCAACAAGGAUCUAAUGCCUCACAGGCCAGCAUUCCCGACUGCUACGCGUGCCGAUGUUCACUUGGUGGGUUCAGGGCCCAUCGAGCGAUUUGAGAUGUGGGGCCGCCAUCGCUCAUUGACGGAGUCUGUGUACCUGUCCUCGGCACUCACCGAUUACGGAUACGCUGAGGAGAUGGAGCAGCUGCUACGAGGGACGAGGCCGUUGAACACGGAUCGGGUAUACCCCGAUGACAUGAUGGUCUUCUGGAGCUUGCACACAUGCCAGGAGGCGAAUGUGGCUGUCUUUGUGGCCCGAUUCCUCUACAGCCAGUCUAUGGGGAAUCGGACUCACAUUGUCUGUGGUUUCGUGGUCACCAUACUCUUCCGAUCACUCGAGAGGGCGGCGCCCAUUCCGCAGGUACAGAUAUUGAUGCGAGAUUUGGACGCGGGCAUGCUGAGGAAUGCUCACAUCCGUAGGAGGUUGGGAGCUAGCUCUACCGAGAGCAACGGUGCUUCUUCAUCUGCGCCCUCGACCUCAGGAGCAUCUUCGCAGGUCUCGUCUAGGAGAGCCACUCGUCGCCGUCCCACUUCUCAGGCCGCUCCAGCCACGACCCAGGCGGAUCUAACCCCUGAAUGGGCUAGGAGGAUCCUAGAGCAGCAGGAUACCAUCAUGCAGAGGAUGUCCGAAAUCGGAUAGCAGCAGGCAUCCCAGGCUGAGAGCUUUGCCCUGCUUCGGAGGACUUUUACUGGCUUUUACUCAGAUGUGCACAUUGGGCUCACCCCUCGCUCUCCUGAGGGCGACGAUCCAUCCGCUUCUGUUCCUCCCCCUUAGUGAUCUUCAUAUUAUUUUCCUUUGAAAACUAUUUCUCUUCGUUUAUGAGCAGGAAUUGAUGAUCAACUGGAUUGUUGGAACUUCUUAUUUUCCACCGGUAACAUUUACUUAUGCACUUGCUCUAUUUCUAUUUCAAUCAACUCCUUUUGAUUUA